GGUACCUAAUAAUAGGUAGGCUCGAAGGUGCCUGGGCUUGAACAACCUGGAAGUCCAUUCAGCUGAAGGACUUGCCUUGCCGUCUCUCUAGCCUGAUACCGUCAGCUCUUACCGAACAUUGCCAUCAGUCACAUCAUGAUUUGAUGAGUAGUCGGAUCCUGUGCUCUGAUACGCUAAUACAUACUGGUGGGAAGUAGCGUGUUUGGUCAUAAUCAUGGAGCCUCGAGGUUGGAUGCGAUCUCCCGGACAGGAAUUGAUGCGGUUACCUACCGAACAUCCCCACCGUACUUCAUCCGCAGCUGAGAGUUCCGACGACGACGAUGACGACAUUCCAGCCAAUAGGCUCCCGAGUGUAUCCCCCUUGAAGCCUCUCGCCCACAAUUCUACGAGUCUCCCCGUUAACGGAGUGAAGCGGUCUCUUUCUGACACAACUCGAGGCGGUAUUGUGUUAUACCCUGGAUCUAAGAAGCCGAGGAAUGGAUAUAAUAUGGUAUCGGUUUCCCGAGAAUCUCCUCCACGUUCAACUUCUGAUUCCUCACACACACCCGUCCCAAACCAUUUCCGCACGAGCAGUCUCAGCUCCGAACAUGACGUUCGAGAAGGAUUAGUCCGCAGCAUGAACGAUGCACUCCGUCAUCUACAAGCCAGAAAAUCCCAAGAUGAUGACAAACAACAGGCGGCUAGGAUAGAAAGACCGUCAGAUUUACAAAUAUUGCACAAAACGGAGUUGGAGGAAGCGCUGGAAGAUUCGGACUGGUCUUUGGACAUACCACCUUUAGAAUUGAGUGUUCUUCCCUUGCUUACUGAUGCCAAAAACGGCGUAGGCGAGGCAGCGAUGCCAGCAGAGGCCACACCGAUUGAAGGGGACCAUUCAGAAAUACAAGUACCAUCGCGUGCAGAUGCUGCUGUACGACAGUCUAGUGAUUUAUGGAAGAUGCCAAGUUCACCCGAUCCACAACCUACAAAGAAGAGAGGUCGACCAAGGAAGAAUUAUCCUCGGCUCCGCGAUGAGACUGAUAAAGAGUACUUUACACGCAUCGCUAGGCUCCGGAAAAAGCCAAUACCUAGUUUUCCGGCAUUAGAUCAUACACUUCCGCAAUCGUUACCGGUGUUAGUUGGUGACACCAGCGAGACGCUCUCCGAGUCUAUUGAAGGAUUCGAUAGUGAUUCAGGAAGUCACAAAGAUGUUGAUCAAUCAUUCGAAGACAGCUUUGAAUAUGAUGUGGAGACUUUCAGGGCUCGUCAAAUUAUUGAUAUCGGAGACAACGAGAUAUUUGAUAAUCCCACAGAUGAUGACAUCUUAGCUGUUCAUCUUAAUCAUCAACCCCUUAAACAACUCUGUGAGCUUUUAGGCGAUAAGGCUUGGGCUGGCUUAAAACGUGGAUGGCAAGGGCGACCUUUUCACUAUGAACACGCGGAAACUAAACCAGCCCGAGCUAUUCUACCGUUACUUAUAAAACUUGAGAGAUUGUAUCAAGCUGUCCCUUCAGCUCCCAAGUUGAAGGAGCAGAACCAGUUCCUAAGGGAGCAUGGGGAUAUGCUGCGAUACUACUUUUAUAAGAUAAAAGUAGUAGUUGAACACAUACGAACUGAACGUCUAGGGGCUCCUGAGGGCAACCUGGAAACUGAAAAUACCGACUCCCGCAAACGUGAGCGAAUGACACGGGAUCUCGUGUUAUACGUGCUUCCCAUGUUAGUCCACGUUCUAGCCUCUAUAUGGAGACUUGGUGGGAAACUGUGGACCAAAGCAUCAUUUACGGGGACUGCUAUUGAGCUCCUUAAAAGGGCGCUGGGCUGGAUAAUGAUUCUUUAUCAUCGCUUGCUCAAUGAGUUCGAGCGAUCUCCCUUCGGAGAACGACCUGAAUACCGGGUAGAGCAAGAAGCUUGGCUUAGGGGGGAAGACGAAAGAGAAGCGAUAGGUCCUGUACUGAAUGACUUAUACGAGAUUCUUUCAGCGGCACCGGAUCAGCUGGCCGAAACGGAAGCCCGCAUCAAGGAGGAAUCAAACCGACGCCAGCAACUGUUUACACGAGAGAAGCAGCUCGAGAUCGAACGAAAAGCGGCAGAGGAGGCAAGGCAGGCAUCAGUUGCAGAGCGAAAAAAGCAAUCUCUUUUAUCCAUUCGUGCCAUACACUGUCACGGUGAGAACUCGACCGCAUCAUCUCGCCCGUCUCCCCCCCUCACCUUGAAAUCGUCCGAAUGGUCAGUGGAAGAGCAAAGGCUACUCUUUCUGCGCAUCCAAGCUUCAUUUCCUGUCUGUCCAGACCUAAACAAUCUUCGUUGGGAGCUGAACAAGACGGUUGCACAGACGGUGGCCAUGACGGAGCAAAUACUUAGGAGGAUGCUCAAAAAAGUGCUGCUAGGCUAUUCGGCGGAGGAACGGGCUGCAGAAGUUCGCCGGAUCAUGCACAAGUCCGGCGUGGUACGGUUGUAGAUGAUGUUGUCG